AUGGAAGUUAGAGCCAGAGCUCCAGGGAAGAUUAUCUUGACCGGUGAACAUGCUGUGGUUCAUGGAUCCACUGCAGUUGCUUCUUCCAUUGAUUUAUACACCUAUGUUUCUCUCCAUUUUUCCACUCCUUCCGACGACGUGGAUUUGUUGAAACUGCAGCUGAAGGACGUGGCGUUGGAGUUCUCGUGGCCUAUCAGUAGAAUAAGAGCGGCGUUUCCUGAAUCCGCCGGUCAGUUAACUUCCACACCUACCUCCUGCUCCGUUGAGAAUGCCAAGUCCAUUGCCGCUCUCGUUGAAGAGCUUAACAUUCCAGAGGCCAAAAUUGGACUUGCCUCUGGAGUUUCCGCGUUUCUCUGGCUGUACUCUUCUAUUCAAGGAUUUAAGCCUGCUACUGUGGUUGUUACUUCUGAACUGCCUCUCGGUUCAGGCUUGGGUUCGUCGGCCGCGUUUUGUGUGGCUCUCGCGUCGGCCUUGUUGGCUUUUACUGAUUCAGUUUCUCUGGAUUUGAACCAUAAAGGAUGGCUCUCCUUCGGGGAGAAGGAUCUUGAGUUGGUAAAUAAGUGGGCCUUUGAAGGGGAGAAGAUUAUUCAUGGAAAGCCAUCUGGAAUUGACAACACAGUGAGUGCAUAUGGUAACAUUAUCAGCUUCAAAUCGGGUAACUUAACGCAUAUGAAGUCAAGUGUGACACUUAAAAUGCUCAUUACGAACACCAAAGUCGGGAGAAACACAAAAGCAUUGGUGGCUGGUGUUGGAGAGAGGAUGCUAAGGCAUCCUGAAAUAAUGGCUUUUGUGUUUAGUGCUGUUGAUUCUAUUAGCAAGGAAUUGGCUUCGAUUCUCAGGUUACCCUCACCAGAUGAGCUCUCUGUAACUGAGAAGGAGGAGAGGAUAGAAGAACUAAUAGAAAUGAAUCAAGGUCUGCUCCAGUCUAUGGGGGUCAGUCAUGCCACUGUAGAAACUGUUCUUCGAACAACGUUGAAAUAUAAGUUAGCUUCCAAAUUGACUGGAGCUGGUGGUGGGGGCUGUGUUCUGACACUGCUUCCAACAUUACUAUCAGGCACCGUUGUUGACAAAGUAAUUGCUGAACUAGAGUCAUGCGGGUUCCAGUGUUUCAUUGCCGGAGUUGGUGGGGGAGGUGUUCAAAUUAGCUUUGGGGUGUCAUCUUGA